AUGGAGAUGGAACCUGGAACCGGGACCGUGCGCGAGGAGGAGGCAUCUCCUUAUUCAUUGUUCAACAUUUGCAUGAACUACCUAGUUGAUAACCUGGAGAAAAUCUGUUCUGAAAGACCUGAUGGGACUCUGUGUCUUCCACAACAUUGGAGUUUGCCUCCGGACAUAGCCGAUCAAUUACUUGAAAUGCUGGCUUCUCAAGACAAGCUGACUGACAGAACAGCAGGCAUCUUCCAAGGCAACCAAAUGAAGCUGAAACGAGUCAACAUUCAAAAUGCUAAGAUUUCUGCAGUCACCUUUGGCAAAGCCUUCUGCCAUCACCAAAUCACCGAACUAAAUGCCACCGCUGUGCACCCCGACCUCCCCGCACCGGACAUCAUCCGUGGGCUCUGCAGUAAUACUUGGGUACAGAAGAACAUGUGGAGUCUGCUGCUCAACUCAACCAGUAUCCCUAAAGAUUCAGAGCUGCUGUGGGGUCAGUUCACCGGCCUUCGCGUUCUCAAUGUCUCCAACGUUAGUUUUUGCAACAACGACUUGUUUAGUGUUUCUCACCUCCCCAAACUAGAGAGUUUAGAUAUCUCCAAUACACUGGUCACCAACAUCACUGCACUCGAGCUGCUCAGGAAUCGCCUCAGAUCUCUCACGAUGCAUUAUCUCAAGUGCCUGAACAUGACCAUCGGACAGAUCCUGCAGGUCUUCACAAAGCUGUCAGAUCUGCUUGACCUGGAUAUAUCUGACCACAGGCAACUCGGGUCUGACCUAGCUUUUCACGUGCUGAAGCAGGAGAACAUCUUCCCUAAAAUUGUGUCCCUGGAUAUUUCAGGGAGCAACUACAUCACUGAUGGAGCCGUAGAGAAGUUUAUCCAGCAGCGGCCUACAAUUCGGUUUGUGGGACUGUUGUCUACGAAUGCUGGCUAUUCUGAAUUCUUUACUACCAGGCAAGACUUGAAGGUUGCAGGGGGAUCCAAUCUGAGUCAGAUUUCUAGAGCCUUGAAUCGGUACAUGCAUAGGUCCUGUUUCGUUAAGGAGUCUCUCUGCCGGCUUUUCACUCAGAUAUUUUCAAUUCAAGAAACUAUGCCUGCUGUUUUAAAGCUGGUGGCUGAAGCAAUGAGGAAUCACCCUAUGGAUCUGACAUUGCAGUUCACAGCCAGCGCUUGUGCUCUCAGCUUAACACGCCAGAGCCUAGCCUAUGGGAUGCCUGUUCGUCUCUUGUCAGAAAUCAUUACUCUACUUCUCAAGGCUCUGAAAAAUUUCCCCCACUACCAGCAGUUGCAGAAGAAUUGCCUUCUCUUCUUAACCAAUUCCAGAAUUCUUGUGGAUGUUCCAUUUGACCGGAUUGAGGUUGCCAAGUUUGUUGUGAAGUGGCUCAGCAAAAAGGAAAACUCCAAGAUGCACACAAUGGCAGUGAGCAUCAUCUCUAUUCUCGCACUGCAGCUCUCACCUGCAAAAAUCGCAGAAGUUAAAGAAGAGCUCUUCAUGACAAUCAGGGAACUCCUGGCAAUCAUAAGACGAAAAAUCAAUGAACGAUUAGAUGAUGUCACCUUCUUGUUUACUUUGAAAGCACUUUGGAAUCUUACAGAUGAGUCUCCACUUGGCUGCAAGAGCUUUGUGGAAAAUCGGGGAUUGCCCAUCUUUGUCCAACUUUUGGAGACAUUUUCAGAAUCAUCAAUACAGAGCAGAGCUCUUGGUCUUUUGAACAACAUAGCUGAGGUCUCAGAGCUCACUCCCAUGAUGGUGAAAGAUGAGCAGUUGUUGGCCCUGAUUGUCAGAUUCCUACACAGCAAAGAGUUGGAGGUCAGCUAUUUUGCUGCUGGCAUCAUUGCCCACCUGACGUCUGACAUUAUGUCCUGGAAUGUCGAGGCACUGCAGUUCCAGAGGUUCAAUAUUCUCCAGGAUCUGCAUGCAACUGUCCAGAAUUGGCCAAGUGCAAGUUGUAAGAUGAAAUCUUUGGUGACAUACAGAUCCUUCAAGUCAUUUUUCCCGCUCCUCCGCAACUUCUGUCAACCAGAGGUUCAGCUCUGGGCGCUCUGGGCUAUGUAUCAUGUCUGCAGUAAAAACCCCAGCAAAUAUAGCAAAAUCUUAGUAGAAGAAGGAGGAUUGGAGCUUUUGUGGGGCAUCCAGGAGUGCAGUGAGGCACGCUCCCAAGAACAGCAGAUUACCACUUCCCUUCUAAACUCCAUGAAUUUCCAGAGUGCCCCGAUGGAAGAUGAUGAUGAUGUCUUCAGAUUGGACUCUGGAGAUGACUCCGGAGAUGACCCCGCUGUUCCCACCUAA